AUGGCGAACUUUCCGGGAAUGGCCUCUGUGCCUCUCCCCGCAGUGCAGAGUCGCAUUCCAUCAGACGACUGGGAGGCCUUUCUCGAUGCAUGGAUCACACUGCUAGGUAUUCGCUUGAAUGUUUCAGACAAAGAAUUCCAGGAAACUGCCGAGGAUGACCCUUCCGGUGUGGCUUUCCUGAAUAGUUUCUACGAGCAAGCCGCCAGUGGGACCCCGUGUCUACAACAUGGACCCAAAGGACUAACCCUGCGCAAGCUGUCCUUCUUGGCUACCCGACGCUACAUCCUCGAUCUGCGAAAACCCCCAGAAAGCCUCUUGCAUUGGAAAUUUCUGGGCAAUUUAUCUUGCUGCUAUCCGUCCAGCACCGCAUUGAAAACGCUUUUAUCAAGUGCCUGGGAUCGGCAUUCCGAUAGGAUAUUAUCAAGUAUGGAAGAGGCAAAGGCCAUGGUGAUUGAGAAAGUAUCAACAGGCAUGCCAAGUCAUGGAUCCAAAACUUUUGUGGAGCUUCGAUGGUUGACUAUCCUGGCCUCGGUUUUGCCACAAUGUGGACAGAUCCUCAUGGCUGGAACCGACUACCUGGACACAAUGACAGAAACAUAUCAAAAACAAUCAAGUCGAGAAGACAUUCACAAGGCGUUCACUGCCAACGUCUAUGUUGGACUGGUCUCUCUACUCAAAGCGCCACCUAACCUAUCCCUCCUACUGGAUCAGCUCUUCAGCCUCAAAGCUAGCGCAGGCGUGGGGACGCCCCAAAUGAUAAAGGAGAAAACACUUCUAUCCGAUCUAGUCUGCAGCUCAGACCUGCUCCUGAGAUUAGAGAAAUAUCUUGCAGCCCACCCCCAAAAACGAGGACAGGAUCUAUUGACCAGCCUGCGCGCAUAUCAAAUGGAAACGAAAUUUCUCCACAGCCGGUAUCAAAGACGCAGGAAGGUCGACAAAGGCAAGGGCCCAUCAUCAGACCUUCAAAUACCCGACGUGCACCACGCGCACAAGAUGUCUCUGGUUUCUCAAGUACAAGACCUCUUCCCGGACCUAGGCUCCGCCUUCGUCGUAAGGCUUCUCGACGUCUACGGCGAUAACCCGGAAACAGUCGUCGCUCACUUACUCGAUGACUCACUCCCGCCAGAAAUCCAAGCUCUCGACAGAACCGAACAACUCCCUGAAACAGCAGAGCCCCAACACGACCACCUGGCACCCAAGCCAACACCACCUCGGCAACCCUCACCACCGCCAGCUCGCAAGAAUGUAUUCGACACGGACGUCGAUAUCGCCGAGCUCAGUCUGUCGGACAAUGCAAAGGGCAAACUUCGUUUUGGCCGUGCAGACCCUGACCUUACCGCCGACGAAGUCCUCGCGGACCGCAGUCAACACGCCGUGAAUAAAGCAGCUAUUCUCUCGGCCCUGGCGAAUUUCGAUUCGGACGACGAUGAGCGCGACGACACAUACGAUGUCGCUGAUGUGGGCGGUACCGUUGAUGCAGCCACAGCCGGCACAGAUGCAGACGCGGAUGCCGAAGCAAAGAAUAAGCGGAUGGCAGCAGACCAGCUUGAUAUGACUCUCUUCCGCGCUUACAAGUCCAACGCCGCGCUAUUCAAUCGCGACUCGGCUACUCGCCGCUCGCAGCCUCGCGCGUCGCUGAAACGCGAGACGAACAUGACAGACGAGGCUAUUGAAGGCUGGGCAGUAAUGCUAUCGCGGGAUUCAAGGCGCCUUGCUAGGCUUGAGGACCGACUUGCUGUUGAUGCCGAUGGAGUCGGCAGUGGGGCAUUGAACCAGCCGGAGCUUGCUUCGACGUCAUAUAGAAGGCCUCAGGCAGCUGGUAGUGACGAGGAGUCUGCAGAUGAAAGCUCUGGGGCUCGUGGAGGCCGGGGUAGAGGACGCGGAGGACAUGGACGUGGACGGGGGAGAGGUGGUAGAGGUGGCCGCCCCCCUCAAGAUCCGAAUACGCCGCAGGCGCAUCAGAAGAAGGAGCAGAAUAAGGCUAGCAGGGCGAAUCAUAACCGCCGACAGCAGCGGGCCAAAAAGAUUGCGCGUGGGGGUGGUUUGCCUGGCUGA